AUUUCGUCCAUGUUGGAUUUUGAGGAUCAAGAUUUGUCUGAAAAAGAAACAAUAUCCAUCCUAVCUUUCCGAUCCUUGCCAUUUUAACGUGUAUAUAGGACAAUAAUAUGGCAUCGGAAGGGCUAGAGUACAAUGAAGUUGCUCUUCUUGUACGGGGAKCUUUGAAUGCUGGUCGAUUAAAGCUCCAAAAAAGUGGUGCAGUAUUCAAGGCUACCAAGACUGGAAAAAUAGACCACAUUAACAAGGACGACAUAGAGUCUGCUCAAUGGUUUCGUGUUGCAAGAGGACAAGAAUUGAAAAUUGAGCUCAAGUCUGGUGCACAGUUUAGAUUUGAAGGUUUUAGAGAAAGCGACUACUCAAAUUUGUCAGAGUUUCUUUCUCAAUUUUACGAUAUAAAAAUUGAAAACAUGGAAUUAUCAGUCAAGGGAUGGAACUGGGGAACUGCAAAAUUCAAAGGAUCCUCAUUGUCGUUUGAAGUUGAUAAAAAACCAGCAUUUGAGAUCCCUCUCAAAGAUGUAUCCCAAGCAACAACAGCAGGUGAUAAUGAAGUUACUCUUGAGUUUCACCAACAUGAUGAUGCAGAAGUUUCACUUAUGGAAAUGAGGUUUUAUAUUCCUACUAGUGCAGAUAGUAAUGAUCCUCAUCCUGUCAAGACAUUCCACGAGCAUGUUGUGUCCAAAGCAGAUAUUAUCCAGGUUACAGGAGAUGCUAUUGUAACUAUACCAGAUAUUGCCUGUCUAACACCCAGGGGUCGGUACACCGUCAAAGUAUUUCCUGCUUUCUUACAACUUCAUGGUAAAACAUACGAUUACAAAAUCCCUUACACCACUAUCCUAAGACUGUUUUUGCUGCCCCAUAAAGACCAACGAUUUAUGUUUUUUGUGGUAAGCAUGGACCCACCAAUCAAACAAGGACAGACAAGAUAUCCAUUCCUAAUAACACAGUUUGACAAACAAGAAGAAUUUGAUGUCAAGUUGAACAUGUCUGAUGACGAAAUAAAAGAGAAGUUUGAGGGGAAAAUAAGUCAGGAAAUGAGUGGUCCUAUUUAUGAAAUAGUCAGUAGAUUGAUGAAAGCUGUGGUGGGGAAAAAGAUAACMGUGCCUGGUACUUUCAAAAGUCAUUCAGGGACCAGCUGCAUGACUUGUUCUUUCCGUGCUGGAAGUGGCUUGCUUUACCCAUUAGAAAGAGGCUUUAUAUUUGUACACAAACCACCUAUACAUGUACGUUUUGAUGAAAUCUCUUGUGUGAAUUUUGCUCGUGUUUCUGGCGGAGGAAGUGCUAGCAGGUCGUUUGACUUUGAAGUGGAAACAAAGAAUGGUUCAACAUUCGUAUUYAGCAGUAUUGAAAGAGAGGAGUACAGCAARCUCUUUGACUUUGUUAACGCUAAAAAACUGCGUAUUAAAAAUACUGGRAAGCUUAAGAGUACUGCAAAGAACGAUAACAAAUACGACGAAGAUAUCUUUAACUCSGAUGACGAUCAAACUCAUGAUGCUUACUUGGAGCAAGUUAAAGCUGAAGCUGCUGACAGAGACUCUGAUGACUCGGAAGAGGAAGAUUCUGAUGAUGAAUCUUUUGCUCCUGAUGAAGACAGCGACCGAGACGUUAAAGAAGAGUUUGAUAGCGAAGCAUCAUCCUCAUCAUCCGAUGAAGGCAGCGCUGGUUCUGGUUCUGGCGAUGAAAGGAAGAAACCAAAAGAAAAGAAAGAGAAAGAAAAGAAAAGAAAGGCUGAAAAGCAAAAAUCGCCGAAGAAGAAAAAAACUCAAAAAGCCGAGCAAGAUGAAUCGAGUAAGAAAGGAAAAACAAGGAAAAAGAAGGAUCCUAACGCUCCUAAGAGAGCCAUGAGUGCGUACAUGUUGUGGCUGGCAGAGGCUCGACAACAAAUCAAGGAGGAAAACCCAGGCAUCUCAAUCACUGAUCUUACUAAACURGCAGGGGAAAAAUGGAAAAGCCUUACAGAUAAAUCCAAAUGGGAAAAGCUUGCCGCCGUCGAAAAAGAAAAAUAUCAACAGAAAAUGAAAGAAUACAAGAGUGGCCUAGCAGAAGCUGGACCAAGUCCUAGCAGCAAAAAGGAUUCAAAGAAGAAAGAAACAAAAAAACCUGUUCCUAAAAGCUCGCCGCGAAAGAGUGUUGAAGGGCAAAAGUUCAAAAGUGCUGAAUUUGUUGAAUCCAGCGAUGAUUCCUCAGAUUCUGAUGAUGAUGUKAAGGAGACGAAAUCCAAGCCGAGCAAGGGAAAGAAGAAGAAAGAAGAGUCAGAAGAGGAGUCCAUGGARGAAGAUGCAUCAGAAGAAGAAAUGAGUGACGUAGGAUCAGAUUCGGAUUAGUCGUCACUGAUUGGUGGAAAUAUUACCAUAGAAACAGAAAUUGAACCUUGUGAUACUAAUACCAAUACAACAUCGGCGAAGAGAAAUAUUAUUACAAAAAAUGGAUGUCUCUAUAAAACACAAUUAAGUGUUUUACAAUUUUGCAGUGGUUGUCUUAAGUUUCCAGCCGAUGCAUUUGUCAAGCUAUUAGUUUUCUGUAGACCGAGUGACCAUGCCACCCUGUCCUAUCCUAUAAACUGAAUGAGGAUUUCCACAACAUGAGCAUCAAAAAGCUGUGUCUCGCCUAUUUGAGUAAAAUUGGACAGUUUGCUUUUUUACAUAUUAGUGAAACUUGACAGUCGUAUUUAUAUUAGUUUGAAAUCGUGUUUGUUUAAGAUUUCUUUGAAGGAUACAAAAAAUCACAUGGUAGGGUCGGGUAGCCUUUCAUUACAUUGUAAUUAUUUUGUCUGAUUCAGUGUAUUCAGGAUAUCAACAAGUAUGGAAAUAAAAAACGCGCUUGUUAUUUAGUGAUCA